AAGCUCUCUGAACCCUGUUUUCCCUGCCUUCGGGCAUUCUGUGGCUGGUAAAAAUAUGUGCUGUAUAUUUGAAGUGUUACAUCACGUGACAAAGGCAGGGUUUGUGAAUCAAAGUGCACAACAAUUUCAAGAGGAGGGAAAAAGACAGAGGGAAAGAGAAAGAGGGUGUACGCUGGUGAGAAGACGACGACGACGAGAGAGACGGGAAAAGCAGAGAGGGAGGUGGAAUGCAACAGGCUGAGCUCUGUUGUCGCUGCGAGACGGACUUCUGACUGACAAACUCGACCGCGGCGCUACGUUUCAAACUCCCUUCUCCACCGACUCUCUGAGGCGUUCACAUCCAACAUCUGCAUUCGGACCUGGACAGGACUUUGCUUCCCGCCUCCCUCAGCAGCAUCGUCGCGGCCGGACAGAAGAGCAGCCAGCAGCGGAGCGGGGCUGAAUGGCACUACCCCGAUUCAAAGUCACCAAACGACCCUGACAAAGAAGCUAAAGAGGAAGACAAAGGAAACAAAAAAAAAAACAGGAUGAAUAAGCAGCCACACUUUUUCACAAUGGCUACGAACAGAGAGCACCAAAUGCGUCACAUGACGGGAUUCUCUCGUGCCAUGUACCCCUUCACCUUUAACUCCAUGAGGGGUCACUCGCCCUUUGACCUGCUGGCCAGCAGUCACCUGUUUGGACGUUUUGGAGCGGACCUUCCCAAAGAGAUGGCUGCAUUGUCGGUGGAGACGCAGAGCACCAGUUCAGAGGAGAUGGUGCCCAGCUCCCCUUCCCCUCCGCCUCCACCACGGGUCUACAAGCCGUGCUUUGUGUGCCAGGACAAGUCAUCUGGUUAUCACUACGGAGUGAGCUCCUGUGAGGGCUGCAAGGGAUUUUUCCGCCGGAGCAUCCAGAAGAACAUGGUGUACACCUGCCAUCGAGACAAGAACUGUCAGAUUAACAAAGUGACCCGCAACCGCUGCCAAUACUGUCGGUUGCAGAAGUGCUUCGAGGUCGGCAUGUCCAAAGAAGCCGUGCGCAACGACAGGAACAAGAAGAAGAAGGACGUGAAGGAGGAGGUGGUGCUGCCCGAGAACUACGAGCUCAGUGGAGAACUGGAGGAGCUCGUGAACAAAGUCAGCAAAGCUCACCAAGAGACAUUCCCGUCUCUGUGCCAGCUGGGAAAAUACACCACAAACUCCAGCGCUGACCACAGAGUGCAGCUGGACCUGGGCCUGUGGGAUAAGUUCAGUGAGCUUUCCACUAAGUGCAUUAUAAAGAUUGUGGAGUUUGCCAAGCGACUACCAGGCUUCACUACGCUCACCAUCGCUGACCAGAUCACCCUCCUCAAAUCUGCAUGCCUGGACAUCCUGAUGCUGAGGAUAUGCACCCGCUACACUCCAGAGCAGGACACGAUGACGUUCUCAGACGGCCUGACUCUCAACAGGACCCAGAUGCACAACGCCGGCUUUGGGCCGCUCACAGACCUAGUGUUUGCCUUCGCUGGUCAGCUCCUGCCUCUGGAGAUGGAUGACACAGAGACGGGGCUCCUGAGCGCAAUCUGUCUCAUUUGUGGAGACCGCAUGGACUUGGAAGAGCCGGAGAAGGUCGACAAACUCCAGGAGCCGCUGCUGGAGGCUCUAAAGAUCUACACUCGCCGCAGACGCCCGAACAAGCCCCACAUGUUCCCUCGCAUGCUGAUGAAAGUCACAGACCUGCGAGGAAUCAGCACCAAAGGUGCCGAGCGAGCCAUCACCCUCAAGACAGAGAUCCCGGGCCCCAUGCCGCCUCUGAUCAGGGAGAUGCUGGAGAACCCGGACGCCUUCGAGGACAGCAGCGACUCCAGCGACAGCGCCUCGGCCCCUCCGCCGGCCAUCCAGGCAAUCAAGCAGGAGGAGAAGUCCACGUACGAGUCGGCCUUCGAGGAGGAAGAGGAGGAGGAGGAGGACGACUUCUGGGACGAGGAGAGGGAGUGGGGGGCGGACAGCGACGGCGAGCCGUGGGGGGAGGCGGCGCAGAAGAAGGCCGUGGCGGGAAAGUCGCAGUGAGAGAGGAAGGCCGCUUCCUGUCCGAGAGACCGCUGAGCCGCACAGAGCAACGCCACCUCACAGAUUUAGGCUCGUUAAUGACAUUGUGAUAAACUGUACAUACUGACUUCGAGGAAACUGUUUUCAGUUCAGAAUAGGAAGCAAAAUAAACAAAGAGAAAAAGCACUACAUUUCAGUGGAUGAAUGAGGGCACCGUUAAAAUAUCGACGUGACUUUGCAAAAAAAAAAAAAAGUUCCUAAGUUCAACACCACAGAGCAGCAAGGAUUGCUGGGAGGAAGAAAAGGAGCUCCUCCUCUUCUGUCUCUUAAGGGCUAUGCUUUGUAUAAAAUGGUUGAUUGCAGCAGCUGAGCUCUACAUGGUGUUUGUGUGCCACGAAUGUCUUCUCAGAAUUAUUUCUCAGAGAUUAUGCAACUUUUUUUUUUUCUGUGUACGUCCUUUUCCUGAGCAUGUUACCUUUACGUCUGUUUGUCUCUUCUUUUGUUUGGUAUAUAUUUUUUACUCUCAUUCGACUCGAUGUGUGUGAAGUUUGAACUUUUAACCCUUUUCAUUUCUGCUUUAUUGGACAAAAGCAUUUAAAAGUGUGAUAGAGAGACAAGAGAGUCAUGAGCAGGACUCAAACUCGGAAAAAUCGGAUUAAGUUUUUCAAUCUUGAAAUUAUUUGAGAGGACGAUAGGAAAGCUGGUGUUUUAACUCUGGUGCCAAAUAGGAAAAAAUGCAAACACAAGACAUAUCUCUCAUUGUUUUUAUAAAUCUAUAUGUAUAUUUCUGACCCCCCAUUAAAAUCUUUAAAUCUUCAGAGGGGUCAUCCUUCGCUCUCAGGUUGAUUCUGUCUCACCUUUCUGUGUAACAGUUUCUGCAAAACUAAAAAUCCCAGUCAUAUAAAGUCAAGAAAGAACUUGUGAUAUUGCAAGUAAAGAUAUUUAAACAUAUAUUAAAAUAAAUAUACUCAGGAGGUAGUGUGUGUGUGCUUGUGUGUGCCAUUUUCAACAAUUCAAACUCGAAAGCGCAGACGGAAUAAAAAGAAACAAACAUUUUAAAAUAAUGCCAAGUAUAAUAGCUUUCCAUAUUUGCACACAUUCCAUGUUUAAAUGUAUGAACUAUUAAAAAUACAUUUAAUAGACAAAGCUCUCAAAAAGAUGUAUUUUAAAUUGAAUAUGGAGUAUCAUCGAUUUGCUCUGAACACACUGGAUGCAUGCAGAGCCGGUCCAAAGUUGUCCAAACUUGUCCAGGCUUUGAUCUGGAGAGCCACCACUGACCCACUAAAACUUAGGAUGUUUUAAAUCUAUAAAUUAAUAAACUAAUGAAGCUACAUUUUAAAUAUAAAGGACUUUUAGUUUAAAUUUGAUGUCCAGAAGCCUUUAGAGAAAAUUUAAAAGCAGGUUGAUUGUUGAUAAAUAUGUCAUUUUGAAAUUUUGGGUUGUUUAUCUAAAAUAUCUUAAAAGUCACAUAUAUAAAAUAUCAAUUAGUACUUCUAACAAUUUGCAUCUAAGUAAACCACUACCGCACGUAAUGUUGUGCAAACUAUCGUGUUACAUUAGUGUUUAAUGUAUAAAAUAGAGAAAAAUGCAUUGUAUUAAUAGUAGUUAGCUGAUCCCACUGACUGUCCGACUGAAACAUGUUCAACUUUGGGGUCAAAUUGCUGCAAACUUUGACAUCAGAGACGAAUCAAAUAUCCCAUGAGUUUGCCUAUACCUUGGGCCGGCUCUGGUUACAAGUUAGAAAACAUUACUGAAGAAUUUAUUGAGUUAAAAGCCUCAUCUCAGAGAUGAAUUAAUUGGAACGAUUGUUAAUUGAUCAAAACGUAUCAUACAGCAUCAGCAGUAAACGGGUGUCUUCCUGAAGCACAAGGUGAUAUUUUAGUGAAAUAAAAUAUUACAGUUCUUUGCUAAUAGAAUAAAACUGAUCAAAUGAAAGACUUGUGUUGAGUACCAAAAGUACUCAAGUUUUCCAAAUUAAUAACAAAGUAUUUAUAAUCAGAUUAAUAGUCAUCAAAAAGGCAAAACUCAGGAUUUUCAUUAAGCUGUAUUUGUUCUUGUUGGAUCAAAACGUUGCUUUCUCACACACACACACACACACACACGCACACACACACACACACACACACACCCACGCACACACACACACACACACACACACACGCACACAUUGUAGAAUAGCACCAGCCAAAAUUAGACUUUUGAUGAUCUUUUCAGAUCCUAUAAUGUUUAUUAAUUUCAAAGUAAAUGCUUUGUUUCUGAUGUUAUUAAUUAUCUUGAAUUUGAGCCGGUGCAAUAAAUUAACCACAGAGGUUGUCGCCAAACUCUCAAGCCAGCAACAUUAUAAGCAUAGAUAUGUAACAAUAUAAAAAUAAAAGACCAAAGACAGAUGCGUCACUUUGUGUUGGGCAGGAUUUUACUUUUUUUUUUUUUUUUAUAAUGAAGCUGGAUAAAUCUCAUCUCUCUAACAUUUUGUUGUUGCUGAUAAAUGUCUUUAAUAUUUUAUUCCAGGCAUGUUAUCUACGUGUUCAGGGAGCGACGACGUUCAUCUUGUGUCUUCUUCUAUCUGAGAAACCAAACUAGCUUUGAUGCACACAGCUACAAACAAAUUCAAAAACUGUGUUGAAAUGCUCUGGUUACAUUUCUACAAGAGGCUGAAACUAUGUUUGCUUUUUUAUGCUUACUAUUAAAUGUUUUAUGAUGUUUCCUGUAUUUUGAUAAAAGCAUUUUUUGUUCUCAGACAUUAUAGUGUCCAGUUGUCUCAACUUUUUUUUUUUCCCCAACAAACAUUUACAGACAUGGACACAUUUGUGGGUACCACUGGAAAAGAUACUUAAAAACUGAUUUCAUUUUAUUUACUUUUAUUGCAGCAACAUAACCUCACAAUAAAACAAUAGUUUGAUGACAUUUUUACGUAGGUUAAAAAUAGCUGCUUGUUUCUAGUUGUUGAUUUCUAUUAAUUCAAUUAAAAUAAACAAAUGCAUUUUUGGGGGGAGGGGGGUUAGUAGGAUAAUGAUUCGAAACAUGUCACCUAAUUAACAGAAAUGAUUCCACAGACACUAAAUCAACUUUCCUCCAUCAUGUUCAUCUCAGACUCCAGACCUGAAUCCUUUUGAAAAUCAAAACAGAGGAGCCAGAACUAUGGACCAGAGCAGAGGUCAGCAAUCUGCAGCUCCAGAACCACAAGUGGCUUCUAAGGGCCUCUUCAGCCAAAAAAAAAACAA